ACAGGGGUCUUCCCAUGGAUGUGGCUGGGGAUGGCACAGGGACUUUCCCACGCAUGGAGGUGGCACAGGGAUCUUCUCAUGGCUGGAGGUGGCACAGGGCCAUUCCCAUGGCCAUGACUGGGGGUGGCACAGGGACCCUCUGGUGGCCGUGGCCCCCCCGCCCUGGCCACCAGCCCCAGGCAGCUGGGGCAGGCCUGGCACGCAGGCAGGGGCCGUGGCACUGCCUUCCCACGCAUCCCAUGGGGAUGAGGCUGCCCAGGAGCCACGGGAGAGGGCAGGGGGGGGUUAGGAAAACACCCAUUAAACCACAUUAACAUUCCCUGACCUGAUUGGAGCAGAGUAAAUGACCCCAGUCAGACUCAGCCACCAUGGAACAGCAAAUGACAUCCGGGGGCAUUAAUUAAUGAGGGAUGCUGGGCUGGGAGGGGACCUGGAGCAAACCCUCAGUGUUCCAGAGCCAGGACUCACGUUUCCCAUUGGACUGUUCCCUGUGGGAUGAGCUGGACCUGCAGGAUGGAGCUGGUGGGAUUUACAGCACUGCUGGGCACUGGGGCAGCUCUGCCAGGGUUUGGGCCAGGGGAACACCUUCCAGCCCACCUGAUGCCCACCCAGGCCCAGGUAUCAGGUGCUUUCAUCUCUGCUUGAGGAGGACCCACACUGCUGGAUGCUCUGUGGGAUGGGCAUCCCGUGGUGUGAGGUGCCAGCUGCCCGUCCAGAGGUGUCCCAAUGGCACCAGGGACAUCUCCACGGCAGGUGGGAUGCUGAGGGCAGCGCUGAGCUCUCCCAGCUUCCCCUCAGAUGACUUUAAAGCAGUUCUUUUGUCCAGGCUGCAGGAACUCCUCUGCCCAGGAGAACUGGUCGGGUAACUCCUGAGUGGAGCCCAGCCAGGUUCCCGUGAGCACUCGGGGCUCUGGGUGCAAGCAGGAGUUUAAUUAAACCAAAGCAAUCACAUCAAAGCCGGUCCCUGCACAGAAAACCUCCUUCACUAGCAGGAAUUAAUUACUGAGCUGGAGUUAAACCUGUUCCCUCCCGGAGCUGGUGGCUGUGCCUGCUGUCCCUUGGUAGGCACAGCUUCGCUGCCCGGGAGUGCAGGGGGUUGGCACCAGGUGAAAGCAGAGCUGGGAAGGGCUCUGAUGGCUCAGGUGAUGUGGGGUAACUCAUUUGGGCACCCAAAUGCCAUCCCAGAGCUGGGCUGAGUCCUGGGCUGCAGGGGAUGAGCUCCCAGAAGGGAUUAACAGGAGCAGAGCUCCUCAAGUACCCAGGGCUGCUUUAUGUCCCCGGGAGGGCUGCUUAGGGAAGUGGAUGCCUGGUUUUGGGAAGUGGAUCCCUGGUUUUGGGAAGAAGAUCUUUACUUUGAUAGCAGCACAAGGCUCUUGAAAAGGGGAAAAUGAGCUUCCUGGCAGGAACAUGGUGCAGGUAAGUGAGGGCUGCAGCCUCCCCAGUGCCUUUAUCCUAUUCCUGUCUUGGCUCUGCCCCAGCUGAGAAUUCCCACUCGGGCUCCACAGCAACUUUUUUCCUGGUCAAGCUUCCUCUUCAGGCCUUCAGCAGAGGAAAGAGGAAUGGUCCCUGAUGCAUCAUGUGCAGGGGAAGGUGGUUCCCAGUGUUCAAUGCCCCCAUCCCCGUGGCAUGUGCCCGGGUGCUGUGAAGUGCCAUCACUUCACCCUGUUGGGAAAAUCAAGCCAGGAUGGAGCAUCUUCCCUGGGUGGCACUGAGGGAUCAUGGAAUCUCAGAAUGGUUUGGAAGGGACCUUAAAGAACAUCCAGUCCCACCCCCUGCCAUGGGCAGGGACACCUUCCACUAGCCCAGGUCGCUCCAAGCCCCGUCCAGCCUGGCCUUGGACACUUCCAGGGAUGGGGCAGCCACAGCUCUUCCAGGCUCUGAGGAGCCCCAGGGAAUGGCUGUGAGCUCCCUCAGCCUGAAGCUGGAGCUGCUCUCCUGGAGUUCAUUGCAGGGAAUGUUUUCCCUCCGGCCCAGUAAAUCCCUGCUUUGCUGUGCCAGAGCACUUUUGGUCUCCAGCAAAGGCUUUGGGUUUGCCCUGGCUCUGGCUGACGUCAGCACUGAAUUCCCCCAGUGCUGGUGCCAUCCAGAGCCUCCUCUAAGCCCUUCCCUAGAGUUGCUUUUAUGCUGGAGCUUUUUGGUCACCCAGAAUAAGGAUCCUCACAAGCCCUGUGUGUUUUUACUACCAACAAAUUCGGGGACAAGGAAAGUGAGUGAAAUGCGUGGGAAGGCCAGAAAUGUGCCUCCCUUUUUGUGCUGCUUUAAAGGAUCCCUCAAGAAAUAAAAGCUGUUCACUGAAACUUCCUAAUGAUUCCAUUUAGAGAGGGAAGUACUUAAUAUCUCAGGUUUUUAUUUUAAGAAAAGCACUUGCUCAGCCCAACAUGAGAGAGGAACAAAUUUAUCCGGCAGGAAAGCGAUUGUUUCUCUCUGGAAAGCAUUUUCCUUCAAUUCUCUCAAUCACUUGACUCCUUGAAAGCAGACAGGGAAAUGACUGAAGAGCAUUCCCCUGCUAUUUCCAGAUGAGCUGCUCUUUAUUGGAUCUGCAAUUAGAUAAAAUCCCAGGCUUUUGGAGCAAACUGCAGCAGGUUUCCCACAGCAGCACAUGGAUCAGGUGGGGUGAUUGCAGCCUUCCCUGAUGCCCUGGCACUUUCUGUCACUGCAAAUUCAGGUUAAGUGAUGUUUUGAGGCUGUGUGGGAAGAGCUGAGCAUCUUCCCUGCAGCUCUGGGUCACCUGAGGGGCUGGGAAUAAAACCAGCAUGGUCCCAGAGCUGGCUGAUGUCCUGUAUCCAUCCCUGUCUGUCCUUCCCAUGCCCCUGUUCCUCUAACCCUGGGCACAAAAGCACCUUUGUAGGUUAUUUAAAGCCUCUCAUCAGGUCUUUCCAUCGCUGCUCCCGUGCACCAGCUGCUCAUCCUUGCUCAGUGCUGGCAGAGGUGACUGGAAAAUGCCUUGUGGGGUUCUCCUUGCACGGGAAAGUGUCCUGUGCUGGGAACAUCCCUGAGCCCUGGCGCUGGGAGCAAGGACAGCCAACCCCAGGGCUGGCACUGGCCGUGCAAGGCAACAGCCCUCAGCCCUCUGAUGGCUUUGGGUAAGUUGGUUCUGCCUGUUUUCUCUUGGUUUCCCUUCCAAGGGGGUGGUGGUGCCAUUCCCCCUGCCCAGGGGUCUCUUCCCUUCCUAGCUGUACCCUGCUCUCGAUGUCCUGCUCAGGAGUCCAUCUGUCCCUCCUGGGCCAAAGCCGUGCCCAGAGCAUCCAACACCCCUCAGGGCUCCCGAAAACGUGGCCCUGGGUCAGAGAGGGGCUGGAAGCACCAGAGCCCCACGGCCCCACAUCCUGGGCCCACCUUCCCUGCUGACGUGGCCCCUUCCCUUUGAAGUCCCGCUGCACCCCCGGCCUCUCCUUCGGGGAACGGGGCUUGGCAGAGCCCGUGGGAUGCCCGGGAAGGGGAUUUAUGUCUGCUGGCUCCCUGCCAGGCUCUCUCACGUCGCUGUGGCUCCCGGGCUGGGCUGUUGCCUCCUGACCUCUGCACCCCCCUGCAACCUGUGCCGGGGCACGAGGCUGCCCCGCUGACGCAGGGCUGGGGGCCGGCGUGGGAACGGACGUCAGGGCUGGGGGAGCGGGGUGGGACCCGCGGGGCUGAGCCCUCGGGGCCUGCCAGGGUCAGCAUUCCCCUGGCAGCCACAAUCCCACAGGGCAGGGAGGUGUUUAAGCCCCGGUUUCGGGGGGAAGCUGUUUGGGUUGUUCUCCUCGCUGCCCCCUCCAGCACCUGGACAAGGGUGACAGUGGUGCCCUAAACAAAUCCCAUCCUCCACAGGAGGGGGAUUGUGUAGCUGGGGGUCUCAGGGCAGGGGCAAGUGUGUGAUGUGUGGUUAGGGUUCUUCCAAGAAUGUUUUUUAUUGCCUUGGCAGUCAUUUCCCACCGAGAUUCCCCGAGGUCAAGCCCUGGGCUGGGAGCCACAGGGCUGAUCCAGCACCCACUGCCCUGGACUGGGCACUGCCAGGGGGGAGACACAUCGACCUGGGGGCCAGGGAAGCACCUGGUAUGAAGGAGUCCCCACACUGAGGGUUUUAGAGCAGCAUCUCCCUUCCAAACCACAGGGCAGGGCUGGGUUUGCCCCUUGGUUUAGUAUCAUAUGUAACAAAUGCAAUGAGUUGUGCUGUUCUCCACCCUGGGCUCUGCUCCCUCGCUGGUUUAAUGGAGCUGGGAGGGUUCCCCUGGUUGUGCUCAGAUCAGCCCCUGGAAGGGCACAGGGGGCUGUGGGCCUGCAGUUGGUGUCUCCACGGCCAAAGGGGCUGUGGCUGAGUGUCCUUUGCCAUUCCCACCCCCAGGCCUUUGGGAAAAGCCCCAUUAUUCCUCUGCAGAGUGGGACAUCUCCCUGGCCAGACCUGUGUCACAACCAGCACCCCCCAGCAGCUCUGCCAGCUGGCACCAGCAGGUCUCUGUGCCCUGCACAUGCCCUGGUACUGCUGACAGGGAGUAGAUAACCCCAAGGAAUGCGGGUUCAGCGCUCCCAGCUCUGCACAGCCCCCCUUGCCAGCUCUUCCCACCGGGCACGGGGGGGCUCCUGGAUGUGCCACCCUCGGCAGGGAGGGUCACAGCCACCUGCCCGUGGGAUUCCCAGCCCUCCCCCAGCCAGGGGAGGAGAAUCCCGGGCUAUAAAAGCAUCGUCCCCUCUGGGAUGGGAAGGAGCUGCUGGCACAGCAGGAGGCUGCCCUGGAGGACACGAUGCCGGUGGGACACAGCAGGAGGGUGCAGCAGUACCUGCUGCUCUUGGCCCUGACCUGGGGUGCCAGCUUUGCCCCCUUGCCAGCCCAGGCUUUGCAGAGGUAGCAGGACUGUGUGUGGCCCACAUGGUGCUGGGUCCUGCUGUCUCCCCUCUUUUCUGGGGGCUGGGGCUGAGGGUGAGGGGCUCUCCUGCUUCAGCCACGCUGGGAAAUCCCUUCCUCCUCCUCCUCUGCUGCUCUUCACCUGCUCUUCCUCGCUCCUCUUCCUCUCUGCCCUCCAGCACCGCGUGGUUAAUGGUUGGACCCGAUGACCCCGGAGGUAUUUUCCAACCUAAGUAAUUCUAUGGCUCGGGAGCACCCCGAAUCCCAAAUAACCAAGGAUGCCGAGAUGGAGCAUUUUGCCCCAGCGUGGGGCUGGGCUCAGCCCGCGAGUGGCUGCCGGGGGCCGGUGGGUUCCUCCCGCAGCCCCACCCGCCGUGGGGUCCCUGCCCUGGGUGGGCUGGGGCGCAUCCCCGCCGUGCGGUGGGAGCGGGACCCGCCGGGGUGCUGCGGGGAGCUGCUGCCAUCUAGAGCCACCCGGCUGGAGUUCCCGAGGCGGGAAUGCCGGGGUGCGGGUGGCAGGGAGUUGGGGAGGGGGGGGGAUGUUCUCCUUGAGCCCCCCCAGCCCUGUCCUGGCCCCCGCAGGAUCGCGCUGCGGAGGAUGCCCUCCAUCCGCCAGACGCUGCAGGAGAUGGGGGUGAAGGUGUGGGACGUGUUCCCAGAGCUGCGCCAGGGCAGGCGCGGCGGCGGGGCCGGUCCCAGGAACGGGACGGCUCCCACCCUCCUCACCAACUACCUGGACACCCAGUAUUUCGGCGAGAUCAGCAUCGGGACCCCUGCACAGACCUUCAAGGUGGUUUUUGACACGGGCUCGGCCAACCUGUGGGUGCCGUCCUACAAGUGCUCCCCCCUCUACAGCGCCUGUGUCUCCCACAGCCGCUACGACUCCUCCAAGUCCCGGACCUACAUCUCCAACGGCACCGGCUUCGCCAUCCGCUACGGCAGCGGCAGCGUCAAGGGCUUCCUGAGCCAGGACAUCGUCAUGGUGUCAGACAUUCCCAUCGUCCAGGUGUUCGCCGAGGCCACGGCGCUUCCCGCCUUCCCCUUCAUCUUCGCCAGGUUUGACGGGGUGCUGGGGAUGGGCUUCCCCAGCCAGGCCAUCGACGGCAUCACCCCCGUCUUCGACAGGAUCCUGUCCCAGCAGAUCCUCAAGGAGGACGUGUUUUCCGUCUACUACAGCCGGUGGGGCCCGAAUGCUCCUCUGAAACCCGGGGGGGAGAUAAUCCUGGGAGGCAGCGACCCAGCCUAUUACACCGGGGACUUCCACUACCUGAACGUCAGCAAGAGCGGCUACUGGCAGAUCAGCAUGAAGGGGGUGUCUGUAGGGGCUGAAAUCUUGUUCUGCAAGGAAGGCUGCUCGGUGGCCGUGGACACAGGGGCCUCCUACAUCACCGGCCCCGCCGGGCCCGUGUCCGUGCUCAUGAAAGCCAUCGGGGCGGCUGAGGUGGCCGAGGGAGAGUACGUGGUGGACUGUGACCAGGUGCCUCAGCUGCCCAACAUCUCCUUCCACCUGGGGGGGAAGGUCUACGCGCUCAGCGGCUCAGCCUACGUCCUCCGGCAGUCCCAGUACGGGGAGGACAUCUGCGUGGUGGCUUUCUCAGGGCUGGACAUCCCACCCCCAGCUGGUCCCCUCUGGAUCCUGGGUGCCAGCUUCAUCAGGCACUACUACACCAAAUUCGACCGGCGCAACAACCGCAUCGGCUUCGCCACGGCCCGCUGAGCCCAGGGGGCUGGGAGGGGAUGGGGGAACCAGCCUGGAGGCAGGAGAACCACCGGGAAGCAGCGAUUUGGAGUGCAAAAGAGAACAGCAGUUCCCUUCCCGCUCAGCCACCUCCUCUCUCUUCACUGAAGCAACUGCAAACCUUGCCUUCUCCCACUCCCAAACCCCCGCGCCGCUUCCCGGGAGCCUCUGCUGCAAAGGGAGGGCUGAGCCCGAACACAUCAUCCUGGUGAGUGCUCAGCCUGGGAAUCCGAGCGGGAUCCUGCCUCCGGAGCUGCUCCUCCGGGGACUUUUAGGAUGAUGUGCAAUGGUACAACCAGCACGCAGGGGAUGGCUGCUGGCGUGGAGGGGCCCGCAGGCUGAGCAGGGAUCUUCUGUUACCAGUCCCUGUGAUUCUUUAAUUGGAAGGAAAAUAAUCUGUGUUUAAGGAUAGUUUUAGCUGGUGUUAACCCUACCCCUCCCCGUGACUGACUUUGAUAUUAAACAACUUAGAGCAACA